CAGGAGGGGGCGGGGGCUGGCGGCCGCGCGCACCCCUGUGCUCCUCACCUUGGAGCGAGCGGCGGUGGAGGUGCCGGGCUGGGGGUGCCGGGCUGGAGGCAAAGAGGAAGAUUUUGCCUAUCCCUAUGUCAGUGUUUUUCAGCUUCAUGAACUGUGGGAACGUUUUGAACUCCUUACAAGGGAUCGGUGAAAGCAACUAGGACAAGCCAGACAGAAAAGUUUUUUAGUGGAGCCCGUGGAACUGUUCCUCCUUCACUGCUACUCUGUGAGAUCAGCUAUGGAACAUGCUCAAGAGCAAGAAGCAAACCUUGAGCAAACCCAGAUGUAUUGUGUACAGAGACCAAUAUACAACCAGGAGCUUCUGCAAGGACAGCUGCACAGGCGACAGAGAACCCCUCAGACUUUAGGGCAGAAGAUUGCACAUUCUUGUCGUUGUUCUUCUAAGAGAGCCAAGUCUCAUCUUUACAAUUUCUUACCAAUUUUAAAAUGGCUUCCUCGUUACCCAGUAAAGGAAUACUUAUUGGGUGACAUUAUCUCAGGUAUAAGCACUGGGAUCAUGCAGCUUCCUCAAGGUUUAGCCUAUGCUUUGCUGGCAGCUGUUCCCCCAGUAUUUGGCCUAUAUUCUUCAUUUUAUCCUGUUAUUCUAUAUACUUUCUUUGGAACCUCCAAGCACAUAUCAAUAGGCACCUUUGCUGUGGUUAGUAUGAUGGUUGGUGGCGUUGCUGUGAGAGAAGUGCCUGAUGAAAUUAUUUCUCUGGACUCUAAUUCUACUAAUAUUACAGAUGUCCUUGAAUAUUACAGUGCUAGGGAUACUAAGAGGGUUCAGGUAGCUGUGGCUCUCGCCUUUCUUUCAGGACUUAUCCAGUUGUGUUUAGGUUUUCUUCGAUUUGGAUUUGUGGCCAUCUAUCUAACAGAGCCCCUGGUGCACGGGUUUACCACUGCAGCUGCAAUUCAUGUCUCUGUUUCCCAAUUCAAGUACCUUCUUGGCAUCAAGACUAGCCGGUACAGUGGACCCCUUUCAGUUGUAUAUAGCAUAGCUGCCGUGCUUUCAAAAAUAACAACAACCAACAUUGCUGCAAUGAUUGUUGGAUUAACGUGCAUUGUUUUGCUGCUGAUUGGCAAGGAAAUCAAUUUCCGGUUUAAGGAGAAGCUCCCAGUUCCUAUUCCUAUGGAGAUCAUUGUGGUCAUUAUUGGCACAGGAGUUUCAGCUGGAAUGAAGCUGAAUGAGGCAUACAAAGUGGAUGUUGUUGGGAAUAUUCCUCAAGGGUUACGUGCACCAGCAGUUCCUGAGAUUCAGCUAAUCCCAGCAAUUUUUGGGGAUGCAGUAGCAAUAGCAGUAGUUGGAUUUUCAAUGACUGUAUCAAUGGCCAAGACCUUUGCCCUUAAACAUGAUUACACCAUCGACGGGAAUCAGGAACUUAUUGCCUUGGGAAUAUGCAACUCUGUGGGGUCAUUUUUCCAAACCUUUUCAGUCACGUGCUCAAUGUCUCGGAGUCUUGUCCAGGAAAGCACCGGUGGAAAAACUCAAAUUGCAGGUACACUCUCUGCAAUUAUGGUUCUGUUGGUAAUUGUGGCUAUUGGAUACCUUUUUGAACCACUUCCACAGACAGUGCUAGCUGCAAUUAUCAUGGUGAACCUGAAGACAAUGUUUAGACAGUUUGGAGAUAUCAUGUACUUCUGGAAAACCAGCAGGAUUGAGCUGGCCAUCUGGGUGGUAGCUUUUGUGGCUUCUCUUUUCCUGGGACUAGACUAUGGUUUGCUUACUGCAGUAACAUUUGCAAUGCUAACCGUUAUUUACAGAACACAAAGGCCUGAAUACAAAAUCCUUGGUCAGAUUCCUAACACUGACAUCUACUGUGACGUGGAAGAGUACGAAGAGGUUAAAGAAUAUCCUGGAAUCAAAAUAUUUCAAGCUAAUACAUCUCUUUAUUUUGCUAAUACUGAGUCAUAUACAACUGCCCUGAAGAAAAAGACUGGAGUGCACCCUGGUGCCUUAUUAGCAGCAAGGAGAAAAGCCCAGAAGCGCCAUGCCAGGGAGAUAAAGGCAGCAAAUGAACAAAGAAAGAAAGCUGUGCUGAAGCUCACGAGCUCUUCGACUAAUGACGUAGAAGCAAGAGUAAAACAUGAGAUAGCAAGUGAUGACUUACCUGUGAAUGGAAAAUUUGAAGAUUCUAAUGUACAAGACACAGAUGUUCAUGAAGAGCAUGACCAUUUUGUGGAGCCCAAAACAAAUAUUCAUUCUCUAAUUCUGGAUUUCACCCCAGUGAACUUUGUGGAUUCAGUUGGAGCAAAAACACUAAAAGCAAUUAUAAAAGAAUACAAAGAAGUUGGUGUCUAUGUCUGCAUUUCCAGCUGUAGUGGCCCUGUUAUGGAUGAGCUGACAAGACUGAAUUUUUUUGAUGGAAGUGUAACAAGAGAGUUGGUGUUCCACAGUAUUCACGAUGCUGUCCUUGCUUGCCAAGUGAAAGAUGGGUCUGCUGCAAAGGCUGACUCCAACCUUUGAAGAGUGGCAUUGAGCAGAAUGGGAGACAGAUUUAUGCUGGUGGAGACUCUUUCUGAAUAUUUAAUUUGCACAGUUUGAAGAGAGCCUGAGGCUGUUUGUAUCUGCGGGUAGGGGGUGGUGCUUCUUUUUUGUAGCAAGAGUGGAUAAAGAAAUGGAAGCCUUCGUGCUCUUGAAUUUUUCCCUUCGAACAGGGUAUAGCCUUCCAAUAAUACACAAGCACAAAAUUAUGCAAAAAAAGAAAAUUCAGUGUAUUCUGCUGCAAUCAGAAUCUGGUGGACAAGGUGACAUUCCUAUUCCUGUUGAGAAAAUGGGCACUUUAACUCACUGUGAGUGGGAUCUUGCAGGAGAUAGCUGUUCUGCAAGUGCAGUACACUGUACCAGUGUCUUUAAAGAACUUUCUUAGAUGACUUUUAAAGCCUGAUGCCAACUUCUACAUACAACAGAUUCAUACAAUUUAUAAUAAUCUGCCAGCUGGAUUAAUGAAUUCACACAGGUGGCAUUUAGCUGCUGCUGUUUUUAAACCUGGAUGGUAGAGUUAUUUCUUUAAAAACACCUAACCUGUCUCAACUAUACCCAGUUCUUCAUUGAUCUCUAAGUGAACUUCAAGUCAGAAACUCAUUGUUUAAUUAUUACAUUAUCAGUAUGGUACUUGCACUGCCAAAACUGUUAGGCUUUCUAGAAAGGAACAUGGGUGAUUUUAAGCUAAACUUAAUUUAGCUUCUAAGUUUGAAGACAAAAUGGUUUAAGACAGGAAGGAAGCCUAUUUAAGUUAAGAACUGAUGCCCUAAAUGCAGUCUCUUAAUCUGGAAUGAAAAUUUAAGCAAGGUCUAAAUUCUCAGCGGUCCUAAAAAAAAAAGGUACUUUUCUGUUGCCUAUCUUCCUCCCAGUACUCCUGCUUCUGCCUCAGCUUUUAAGUGCUUUAAGAAAUGGAGUUCAAUGGAACUCAAAAAUCGUACAUGUUUGGGUUUUUUAAAAGAAACAGAAGCAUAGGGUUUCUUUUUCUAUUGUCAUCCUGCCGACUGUGGUACUGCCUCACUUAAGGUGUGAGAUUAAAACCAUGCUAAAGAAAUCUUCAAUGCCCCUGUUUCCCUCACAGCAGUCACUGUGAAACUCAGCAGAGGCAGGAACAUAAGUGUUUCUCUGUAGGUUAUUUUAACAAGACAGGGCCAGGGGGGCAUCAGUGCCAUCUCGUUCAGCACCCUCAAAUCACAGGGGCUGUGCAUAAGGAAUUCAGACAUCUUCCUCACUUCGGAUCACAGAAUGUAAUACUCUUACUUCAGGCUCUGUUGCAGCUCAGGCUUGCUUCAGGUAAAUUGUUUCCCAGGACCCAGGGAAGUCAGGGAAGAUAUGUUAUUUCCUCAGACUCCCCUACCCAUAGGGAUGGGAAGCUUUCUGCAUCAGAAACUGCUGCUUAGCUGGAGUUCAAAGAAUGAAGUGCAUGCAUGUCAAGACAUUGUGUGUGCUUAUUUAAACAACUUUUGGUAUUUUAUAAUGUUAACUAGUUCAAUAAGCCUUUGUAUCUACAUACAGUAUAUUUUUCUACUUUCAGCUUGUCGCAGCUUCAGUUUUUAACUCUGUAGUCUCUUCAGUUCACAUCAAAAUCCUGUCAAUUUCCAAAAUAAAGUGAUGUCACUUAUCAAAAUUU